GAUUUCCCAUGGUAUCAUCUCUCACCUCUGCACCAUAGAGCCUAUGAAGUAUGAGAUGAUGUUGACGAUAUGAAGGUUAUUUUUUGUUAAGUGGGGGGCAGCUAGCACAAGUUCUUUGGGAGUUGGGGUCAGUGCCCAAGGGCCUUGUACUCCAAAGGGGAAAUGAGGAUGUCAAAGCUUUAUGUAUUCGUCAUUCUUUGUACAUGUCUUGAGAACUUCAGGCACAGUGGCAGAACUCUUCACUUCAAAGGUCUUCCAAACCAGGCCCCUUAAUGUAACGACUGAGAUUUGAGUUGGUCUAAGAAAAGGUCACAUUUACCCAAAGAAACUUGUCUGCCUAUGUCCUUACACCAACACAGCUAUGACCUAUCCCCCUACAACAGAUAUGAGGCUUUUUAAGAGCUUCUUUCUACAACUUUGUCUGCACCAAACUUUAUUUCCCCAAGCCUUCUACCAGUGCACCUUCAACAGCGCUAGCAGUAGUAGAUGUCUUAGUACCCAGAAGCACCUGCCACUGCUGUUUUGUAACCGCAGCAUUAUCUAGAUCACCGUUGAAAGCUUAUAUACAAUACAGUGACCGAAAGUUUGAUGACCAGUUGACUCUACUUCAUCUUUUAUUAUUGGCAGCAGUGGUGCUGGACCACUGAAAGGAAAGAUGAGACAUUUGAGGGGGAAACCUCAAGUAGCUGUAACCUAUGCUUUUUUUUCAUUUAGUUUUAUUUUUAUUAAUUUUUGAGCAAAACUGCUGCUUGUUUCAUCUAGUGUAGACAUGGAAGAGUAAGGUAAUUUCCUUUUUGACUCGCAAGAGGGUGCAAAGAAAUUGGAAGUAAUUGCUGCAAUGAAGAUUUGGAGAGCAGAGUAAAACCAGAACAUGUUUACUUGGGCACUGGCAGUCAUUGCAUAUAUAACUGCUUAUCUGGAAAAGGUCCCCCCUCUUAGAAAGGAAAUGGUUAUGUGCAUCUUUGAGAUGUAUUCAACUGGAAAUGACUUGCCAUUGGAAGUAUUUUUAAAAAAUUAAAUAAAGUAGUUAUAGAGUGUGAGGUCUCUCUUUUUUUUCCUUAAAGCACUGACCUUUUUUCUUUAGAAAUCAUUUAUGACAAAAAUUGGUCUGACAGCAGAUAAUGGUCAAUAUGGAAAAUUACUAGAAAGUAAAAUAGAAAAUCAGUUUGUCAGACAUAAGUAAUAUGCAUGUCACAAACUCAUUCAAGUAUUUUACUUUGAAAUACAGUGAAGCCCGUUAAACUCUGCAAGUGCCCAGCCUGCACACAUUUCUCGGAAUAAAAAAAAAAGAGGGGGUGGGAUGUCUAGAUGAUUAUUCACUAGAAAUGUCCCCAAAAGCCUGGGAAUAUUUUAAAGUAGUGGUUCUCAAGCUCAGGUCCAUACAUGUUUGCGAUUGUAUAGAGCAUUUUGAGAAUUAAGCUUGGGGGAACAGAGUCGGAGACAGUAUCUGUCUAGUGAAGUACUCUUCAGAAUAUGAAUGCUGAAGAAUUACUGUUGGGGGAAUGUAUUUAUGCAUAAGAAGUUUGCCUGUUUGAGGUGGCCUUUCAAGUAUAUUUCACUGAAAAAGACAGAGUAAAAUGAUUAUCCAAUGAAUAUAUCUAAUCAAGUCAAUCCUUUCAAAAAUCAAAAGCAGCGGGGUCACUAAGAGAACAGUGAGAUAAAUAACCUAGGUAAGGCCUGGUGACGAAGUACAUCAUGUAACAAAAAAAUGUUUGUUUGUUGUAAUGGCAAAUGGGGAGGAAAAAUCUAGUGAUAGUUGGGGGGUGUACUGAAAUAAGGAUAGGUCUAGGAGAGGAUGAGAGUGAGUAUUGCAGAGGGUGGCAGAAGUGUGAGACGUCUGCUGGAAUAUCAGCAUCUUGAAAAGAUGAAUGACAUUUUCCUCCAGGCCUUGAAAGGAUAUUAGACCCAAACUACUUUCAGUUUUAACAUGUAUAGUAAAGAGAAAGUUAGGGAGUUCCCGAAUGGGAGUGGAAAGAGGGAGAUUGUCAGAGGACGGUGAGAGAAUCAAAAUGAAACUAGCUCCCUUCUGUUUAGAGUAUCAAUUAUCAUUAUUCUGCAAGUUUUUUCAAUGCAUGAAACAAUGCUAGACUGAAGGUAACAAAAAGGAUAAUACUCCACGAAAACAGGUAUUUCAAUUUUAAAUCAAUGUAAAAAUCAGACUUUUCUCUCUCUCUCUUUUUUAGUGUUACAGUCUGUGUGACACAGAUCCAAUACAUGUUAAACCAAGUCUACAUCAAAAGUCACAAGUGUUAAUUUACUGUGACUUGUGCUAUUGAGCAAAUAAUAGGUACAACAUUUGAUCACUGAAUCUGGCUCAACUUUUACUGUUUUGCAGGUGAUGAAACAUAUUUACCAGACAUCUGUUAGCUGGAUGUUUAACCCUGCUAGCCAGAGCUAGAUACGGAAGGACCAUCUCUAGAAGCAAAAUACAGGAGAAAUGCCCUGAUGAAAAGGCACGACUUUCUGUAAUGGAAGAUGGAAGACAAAGGAGCUCGUGUUGCCGACUACUUUGUUGUAGCAGGACUGACAGAUACUUCAAAACCACUGGAAGAAGAAAUUCACUUCAAUGAUGCUUGCCAUAAAAUUGCUAAACCAAAAGAACCUAUCACUGAUGUGACCGUAAUUAUUAAAUCUCUGGGGGAGGAAGUGCCUGAGGGAUACAAAUGCAUCGAUGUUACACCAUCUGGACUAUCGGCAGAUCUCAAUAAUGGGAGUCUUGUGGGGCCACAGAUAUACCUUUGUUACCGGAGAGGAAGGGACAAGCCUCCGCUUACUGAUCUUGGGGUAUUAUAUGAUGGGAAAGAGAGAGUAAAACAGGGCUGUGAAAUCAUUCAAGCCACUUCAUACGGUCGUCCUGCUAACAUUAGUGGCGGUGCUUCGUCGCAAAGAGUGUAUAUUACCUAUCGAAGAGCAUCAGAAAACAUGAUCCAGAAUAUGUUGGCUGUCACAGAUAUAUGCAUAAUUAUACCAAGUAAAGGAGAAACCCCUCCACAUACAUUUUGCAGAGUUGAUAAGAAUCUCAAUAGCAGUAUGUGGGGCUCAGCAGUAUACUUAUGUUAUAAAAAGUCUGUGGCAAAAACUAAUACCAUAUCAUAUAAAGCUGGUUUAAUAUGCCGGUAUCCUGAAGAAGACUAUGAGUCCUUCCCAUUACCAGAAUCUGUGCCUCUCUUUUGCUUACCCAUGGGUGCAACGAUUGAAUGCUGGCCUCCUAAUAGCAAAUACCCACUUCCCAUAUUUUCUACAUUUGUAUUAACUGGAGCUUCAGCAGCAAAGGUAUAUGGUGCUGCUAUUCAGUUCUAUGAAGCAUAUCCUGAGGAGAAUCUCACAGAAAAACAGAAAUCUCAGUUGGGGUUAAUGACGACUGGAGAUGGGAAGCUGGAUAGCUCCAAAACAGUUCAGACUAACAAGUGUAUAUGUCUUCUUUCUCAUUGGCCUUUUUUUGAUGCUUUCAAGAAGUUUCUGACGUUCCUAUAUCGUUAUUCCAUCUCUGGCCCACAUGUCUUGCCUAUUGAGAAACACAUUUCCCAUUUUAUGCACAAAGUUCCUUUUCCAUCCCCUCAGAGACCCAGAAUUUUAGUUCAGCUAUCACCCCACGAUAACCUGAUUCUUAGUCAGCCUGUAUCAUCGCCUCUACCACUAAGUGGUGGCAAGUUUUCUACGCUGCUUCAGAACCUAGGACCCGAGAAUGCAGUGACGCUGCUCGUAUUUGCUGUAACGGAACAUAAAAUUCUCAUCCAUUCCUUACGCCCUUCAGUCCUUACUAGUGUGACAGAGGCAUUAGUCUCCAUGAUAUUUCCUUUCCACUGGCCAUGUCCGUACAUACCACUUUGCCCCUUGGCAUUGGCAGAUGUGUUAAGCGCACCAUGUCCGUUCAUAGUAGGAAUUGAUUCAAGAUACUUUGACCUCUAUGACCCUCCACCAGAUGUUAGCUGUGUGGACUUAGAUACCAACACCAUUUCUCAAACUGGAGAUAAAAAAACUGUUGCUUGGAAGAUCUUACCAAAGAAACCCUGCAAAAAUCUGAUGAACACUUUAAAUAACUUGUAUCAACAGCUGGCAGAAUUGCAGCAAAGACCAAGAGAAGAUGCAUUAAUGGAGUUAGCAAUGAAUGACUAUGAUUUUAAUUCCGGCAAGAAGUUGCAUUUGUUAGAUUUAGAAAUCCAGGAGGCAUUUCUGUGUUUCAUGGCCUCAAUAUUGAAAGGUUAUAGGUCAUACCUAAGGCCAAUAACGCAAGCACCUUCUGAGACCGCCACAGACGCAAGUUCCCUCUUUGAACUGCAAGGAUUCUUAAAAAGUCGAGAUCGGUCACAUCAAAAGUUCUAUACGUUGAUGACCAAAACCCAGAUGUUCAUUCGCUUCAUUGAAGAGUGUUCUUUUGUCAGCGAUAAGGAUGCAAGUCUCGCAUUUUUUGAUGAUUGCGUAGCUAAGGUAGACAUGGACAAGACUGGUGAAACACGCCUGAUAGAGCUGGAUGAGUCUUACAAGAGUGAACACACAGUGUUUAUAACGCCACCCGAGAUCCCUCACCUACCCAAUGGGGAAGAACACCCUUUGCAGUACAGCUAUAAUGGAUUCCCUGUGCUGAAACUAGAUUUAUUUGACCGAUUUGAAGGGUUCCUGACCACACCAAAUAACAAACUGUCCUCAAAAGCCAGUAGUCCCAAUAGCCCAUCACCAAUGUUCAGGAGAACAAAACAGGAAAUAAAGUCAGCUCAUAAGAUUGCUAAGAGGUACUCCUCCAUCCCUCAAAUGUGGUCCAGGUGUCUGCUGCGUCAUUGCUAUGGCCUGUGGUUUAUCUGCCUUCCGGCAUAUGUGAAGGUGUGCCAUUCAAAAGUCAGGGCUCUGAGGACCGCGUAUGAUGUGCUACGAAAAAUGCAUACCAAAAAGAUAGACCCACCUGAUGAGGUGUGUUACCGGGUGCUCAUGCAGCUUUGUGGACAGUAUGGCCAGCCAGUGCUUGCAGUGCGAGUCCUUUUUGAAAUGAAAAAAGCUGGAGUUGACCCUAAUGCUAUUACCUACGGUUACUAUAAUAAGGCUGUUUUGGAAAGCACUUGGCCUUCGAGCAAUAGAGGCGGCUAUUUUCUAUGGAUGAAGAUACGAAACGUUGUAUUAGGCAUUGCACAAUUUAAAAGAGCUCUGAAAAAGCUACCUGCAAACAUACCACAUGCUGCUCUCUCUGGGGGAGUUUCAGAUCUUGGAAGUAACUCAUCAUCUAAAGAAGAAGUUAGGCAAGGGAAACCCUCUGUUGAAGAUAACCAAGAACAAAAAGAGGACAAGAAAGAGAGUGAUUCCAGCUCUUUAUCUGAGGCAGAGAGCGCAAAAGGAAGCGGCGACUGCCUUCCUAAGCUCAAUUAUCAAAAUUCCAGUAGUGCAAAACCGGCUUCCAGCAUAGUCCGGCUCAACGGUCCCAUUGACAAGUCUGACAGCACACCAGGAGAAAUGGGCACUGAAACCUCAGCAGGGUUGUUGUUCACGUCCUCUUUUGAAGAUGCCAACGGAGCAGAAAUUAUCCACAGUAAAACCUUAAGAAAGAGACAUAAAAGUGCAGUGGAAUCUGACCUAAAACAGAUGGCAUGGGCAAGCAGGAACCGCAAUCUGAGUGGAGAUGCCCUCAUGGGGCUCAUGAUCAACAGGAUUAAUCAGGAAGCAAGCCCUGGAGAGAUUGUUGAAAAAUUAGGAGCUGAUGCAAAAAUCCUAUCCAAUGUGUUCCAGAAAAGCAUAAGGCCAAAUACCCUUGACAUCAGGAAGUCGUCACUAGGCUCCGAGAGAGAGAGUCUGGAGAAGGAAUCCAGUGAUGAGGACGCACCUUUUGACGGCAGUUUCAUAGACAAAAUGGAGUCUCCCGUUAUCUUUGAUCUAGAAGACUUGGAUGCUGAACCUGAGCCUAAAACAGUAAAAUCUUCUAUUGAGAAACUAAAGAGGCUUCAACGGAACAGUAGCCUUCCAGUUAAACCAAUUGAAAAAACAGACGUUGAAACUGGAUUUGAUCCCCUAUCCCUGCUGGUGGCUGAGACAGAGCAGCAGAAAGAGGAAGAUGAGGAAGACGAUGACAGAAGUGUUUCAACCCCAUCUGCGAGGCGAGAUUUAGCUGAAGAAAUAGUAAUGUACAUGAAUAACAUGAGCAGCCCCUUGACGAGCCGCACACCGAGCAUUGACUUGCAAAAGACCUAUGAGGACAAAACUACUAGUAAGAAGAGUCCCACGGCAGCCCAGCCUUGCAGAAGAUCCAGCCUUCCCCAGAACUCCCCCAGGCCAAGUCUUGCCAAAUCCAGGAGUUAUCAUCCUAAACAUGAAGCACGGGCAAGGGACAGGCUCUGGUCGUCUCCAGCUUAUUCUCCAAACAGUCCAGCAAGGGAACAGUCUCAGGAUAUGGCUGGCACUUUAGCUCUAGUAUCGUCACCCUCCUUCAACUUAGAUACGCUCUUAACCCCCACAUUUGAUGUUCUAAAAAGCAGCAUGUUUUCUGCUGGGAAGGGGGUUGCGGAGAAGGCUAGCAAGUGGUAUUCCAAGUUUGCUAUGUAUGCUGCAUCCUCCAAGGAUCAAAAUUCAGACCGAGCAAGUAUUUCAUCUCUUGGAGCCCUGGAUUCAGAAUCUACCUCUCUAACUGAUGAAGACGUCUGCAAUGACUUAGAAGGUGCUUCUCCUCCUCAAGAGAAUAAUGUCACCUCAGAAAUUAAGAGAAUGGGUCUCAGUAGAACGAGCCUAGAAAGCUCAGUUUCCCCUGAUGGCUCAUCCAAGCAGUUCGAUCAGUCUGGUUCCCUGUCGAAGUUCCCCUUGCCUGACAAAUCAGAGCUGGUAUCUUCCUGCAGCACAAGCAGCACCAGCGUGUUCCAGAACUAUGCUAUGGAGGUCCUCAUCUCAAGCUGUUCGCGCUGUCGAACCUGUGACUGUCUGGUUCAUGAUGAAGAAAUCAUGGCAGGUUGGACAGCUGAUGACUCGAAUCUCAAUACCACAUGUCCCUUCUGUGGUAAUCUGUUCCUGCCCUUCUUGAGUAUAGAAAUCAGAGAUCUCCGACGACCCGGACGAUACUUUCUGAAGUCCAGUCCAUCUAUAGAGAAUAUGCAACUCCUACCACCGUUUUCAAAUCAAACAAGAAGGGCCUGUAACUCUUCUGCCACUGCUGGUCCUGCUAUAUCAGUGAUGUCCAUUCAAGAUGAUGAUAACACAAAUUGCAAAUCUGAAGAGCAAGACAAUACCUGUGCUAGAAGCAUCCAGAUCCCUUCAGGAAGAAGGCAAAAUCCCACAGGACCAGAAUGUCCAAGCCACCCUGUAGCACGAAGUAUCAGCACUUACGGUCCACUGGAAGAAGAUGAGAAGAAGAACCGGAAACUCAGUCAUCUUAUUCCCACUGGCAGCCUGCCUGCCACUUUGCAAGGAACAGAUCCCCUGGCGCUAGAAUGGCACUUACCCAGUCCAGACCCUAUAACCGUUCCUUACCUGAGUCCUUUAGUAGUAUGGAAGGAGCUUGAAAGCUUACUUGAAAAUGAAGGAGACCGUGCGAUAACAGUGCCAGAUUUUGUAGACCAUCAUCCUAUCGUGUUUUGGAAUCUGGUGUGGUACUUCAGGCGGCUGGACCUUCCUAGUAAUUUACCAGGAUUAAUUCUUUCUUCUGAACACUGCAAUAAAAACUCAAAGAUUCCACGGAAUUGCAUGUCAGAGGACAGUAAGUAUGUUCUCAUUCAGAUGCUGUGGGACAACAUGAAGCUGCACCAGGACCCGAGGCAGCCCCUGUAUAUUCUGUGGAACGCCCAGACCCAGAAGUAUCCAGUAGUCCAUUUACUGCAGAAAGAUGACGACUCCUUCAAUCAGGAGCUCUUGAGAAGCAUGGUGAAAAGUAUCAAGAUGAAUGAUGUCUAUGGGCCUAUGAGUCAAAUCCUGGAUAGACUGAACAAAUGGCCACACAUUAAAAGGCAGAGGAGCCUGUAUAGAGAAAUACUAUUUCUUUCCCUUGUUGCUCUAGGAAGAGAUAACAUUGAUAUAGAUGCUUUUGAUAGAGAAUAUAAAAUGGCCUAUGAUCGUCUCACAGCAAAUCAGGUCAAAAAUACUCAUAACUGUGACAGACCACCAAGCACUGGAGUGAUGGAGUGCCGGAAGAUUUUUGGAGAACCAUACCUUUAAAUAAGUUACAAUGUGAUGUAGACAUGUAAAAUGCCA